AUGACUUUCCGCACCACAGCAGAAGAAAUGGAGAGGCUCCAACUAUCCGACGAUGACGCAGAGGGACUCUGGAACUCGCCAUCUAAGAGAGUGGUCCACAAGAAGAUCAAUCCAAGAACCUCCGACGAGAAAACUACCCCAGAACCUCGAGCAUCCCAUGAUGGCGAGGAUCCUCUAUUUGAUCAGCAGGAGGCCCGAGAGGCUGCCCUCCGGACAGAAUUACAAGGUGUGCGGAAUAUCAACGAAGUGAUAGAAGGGCUUCUAGGAAGUUUGGACUCCGCCAAAGGAAACAUGGAGACGGUCUCACAAACUGUUACCUCGGCAUCGACACUCCUAAACACGUGGACUCGCGUUCUCUCCCAAACCGAGCAUAACCAGCGAUUGAUCCUCAACCCCAACUGGCAGGGAGCUACUCAGGAUGUGAUCGAUAUCGAGAACCAAGCGAUUCAAAGACAGCAAGCGGCAGAAAGACGUGAACAAGCGCUUCAGCAACAAAGGGAAGCAGCAGCGCGGAAAGCCGAGGAAAUCGAAAAGCGACGCGCACAGGUUACUCGAGGAGAUUACUCCAAAUCAUUCAUUCCCCUGAUCCACGAGGAUCAUUCCGUCAUUCACCUUUCCAGGUACGACAACACAAUGAACUUCGCACCCUAUCAAGAUCAAUCACCGGAGAUUGAGCGUGUUUUAUCGCCUCCCCACCCAGACGGUCGCCGAGUAUCCCCAAUUCUCCGUUCACCGCGAGCCUCGGCCGACCUACCCUCCCCCAGUCGCUUUGCUAGCGGUGGACAUGGCAACAUAGGAUUCGGGCGAGACAUUGAGGGUGGCCAUGUGAGCUUAGGGGCUUUUGAAACAAGUCUUCCCAUCCGCAUGGAUAUCGAAGCAGCGCUAGCGUAUCUGCUUCUGCCUCCUGCGGGGGGUGUAUUCCUGCUACUAGCUGAACACAAGAGUGACUAUGUGCGAUUUCAUGCUUGGCAAUCGAGCAUGUUAUUUGCUGCCAUGUUUAUCAUCCACAUACUGUUCUGCUGGUCGAGCUUUCUCUCCUGGACAUUGUUAAUUAUCGAUAUUGCUUUAAUCGGCUUCCUCAGCAUGCAUGCUUACCGAGAUGUUGAUACUUUGGACCAUUUUGAAGUCCCUUUCUUUGGCCACCUGGCUAACUCCUUUGUUGAUGAUGAAUGA